AUGGCGCGCGAUAUGCCUAAUGCCCAAGCGAUUCUUGCGCAUCAGAUAACGCCAGCGCUGAUACUCAACCGCUCCGGCACCGUCGUCGCUGCAAACGAAGGCAGCGUCCGACUCCUGUUGCCGUUUCGACAAAACGCGUCUUUUGCCACAGAAGGCUCAUUACUUGGCAAAAGUAUCGCCGAUCUUGCACUGAUUCCACUGCCUGGUGCUUCACCAGUUCUGCGGACCUGGAGUUCUAUUCUAGCUGCUGCCAUCGAUAUCAGCGAAUCAGGUGCUGCCAAUAGACAAAGUUUCCGCGGAUACCUUUCUACGACAUAUCUCUAUCAAAACACCGAUGACUUUUGGGACGAUGAAGCUGAGCAACAAGCAAUCAUCGAAAGCGAUGUACACGUUGCCCGUUAUUCCUCACAAGCGGGCAUACCUAGGGCCAACGACUCCGAUGACGCUACCAGUGUAGUUAGAGCCCGAGCAUCUGUUCACUGGUUAUCGUCCAAUCUUGACGGCGUCUUCUUGAUCAUCUUCAACCGGACGUCCUUGCCACAUCAAACAGCACCGACUUCACCAGCUGCAGUGAAAGACUCAAUCAAUGCUUUCGAACGACAAAAUGAUUAUCAGUCCUUGGAUAGCAAUGACAUCUUGGACAAAACUGAUGCAUCGGACGUCGCCUACGCCAUCAUUCCUCACAUUGUCGCAACAAUGGACACAGAUGGGCAGGUUGUCAAAUUAUCCAAGUCUUGGUAUUCGUUCUCAGGGUUGAAUGAAGAACAGAGUUUAGGAAGUGGAUGGAUAUCCACAAUGUUUCCCGAUGAUGUUCAGGAAAUGACAUCGGCCUGGGCUGAUGUUAUCCGGCAUGAACGCUCGCAUUGGACGCAUCAAGCUCGUUUUCGGAGAGCCUCAGACGGAACCUUCUGCUGGUUCUUGAUACGCGCCGAACCAUAUCGAGAUGCCAAAGGAAACGUCCUUCGCUGGUACGUGUCCAUGAUGGACAUUCACGAAUGGGUCGUUGCUCGGCUUAAGGCGGACAUACGACGGCAGUCAAUUAUCACACUUUUCGCGCAAACGGAUGUUAUGUUGUGGGGAAUCGACAAGACAAAUCAAAUGUAUAUAUGCGAGGGGCGCUUAAAGUGGGACCCUAGUAGGGUCGUGAAACUUUUGGAAGGUACCAGAGGAGAACAAGAUGUACCGUACAUUGAAUCACCGGAAGAGACCUAUCGCAACCCAGACCAAGAAUUGGUUCAUACUAUCCAAGGAGUUCUCAAGGGACGCACCUUCAGUCCGAUCGUGGAACAUUGGGAAGAUGAUCGUUAUUUCCGGACUCGUUUUGUUGCAGAGCAUGUCCCUCCAUGCGUGGAUGGGAGCGCAACAAGUGAGGAUGUUGUGCAGGCUGCACUAGCUCUCACAUUUGACAUCACCGAAGAGAAGGCGCGGUCUGUCUUACUGACGGAGAACAAGAGACUCGUCGCCAAAGAGAAAGCCGCGCUCGAUGCCAGCAAUUUGAAGAGUAGAUUUCUCGCAAAUAUGUCUCACGAAAUCCGUACUCCAAUAUCCGGAAUUAUUGGUCUGAGUGAGCACCUUUCCGAUUGCGGGCUCAAUGAAGAACAAUUGGAAUUCAGCAACUCCAUUGAAGAAAGCGCAAAAUUCCUCCUCACUCUCGUCAACGAUGUGUUGGACUUCAGCAAGAUGGAAUCUGGUCACAUGGAUAUUGAGCAGAUACCCUUUUCGCCUUACAAGCUCAUUAGCGACACACUCAUCCCAUUGCGACUUCAAGCAAGGGAACGAGGCCUGUCUCUAAACUUUAGGUGCGAUCUCAAGCCUGAUGCACUCUUCCUGGGAGAUCCCUGGAGAUUGCGCCAGAUUCUCACCAACUUGAUUGGAAAUAGUCUCAAGUUUACACAGGAGGGUCACAUUGCACUUAGCGUUCACGAGGCAGAAAAGAAGGACAACCAAGUCAUCCUCAAAUUCGUUGUGAAGGACAGCGGAGUAGGCAUUUCGGAAGAAACGAUCAAACUACUCUUCAAACCGUUCAGCCAAGCCGAUGGCUCAACAGCAAGACUCUAUGGCGGCACUGGGUUAGGCUUGGCAAUUUGCCGACAAUUAGUUGAGCUUAUGGGUGGGCACAUCGGGCUGGAAUCCGUUCAUGCAGAAAGCACCACCGCAACUUGCAGGAUUCCUUUUCAGAUCUACCAUGGGCCAACUCAUGGCCUACUCAUAUCGACCGCUUUACCUGACCGGGCACAGAUACAUGAUCCCGAAGAGAAAGCGAACACCAAGAAGGCUCGCCACCUCAGUCCUCCCGAUGGUACGAACGGCAUGACGUCCGAACCCUUCGCUAUCACGAACACACCAGGGAUCGGCAACCACAUCCUACUCGUGGAGGACAAUCCCAUCAACCGGAAAGUGAUCUCUAUCGCAUUGAAAAAGCUAGGCUUUGUCGUCUCAGCCGUAUGGAACGGCCAAGAGGCACUCGAUUUCCUCUGCAAGAAGUCGACAGAACCUCGGCCUGAUGUCAUACUGAUGGACUGCAUGAUGCCAGUUGUCGAUGGAUAUGAGGCCACGCGGCGCAUCCGCAACGACAAGACUAUGUUCAAUGAGCAAGUACGGGAGCUGCCGAUCAUUGCGUUGACCGCUAGCGCAAUCAAGGGCGAUAGAGAGAGGUGUUGGGAUGCAGGUAUGGACGACUAUUUGACUAAGCCGGCGGCUAGAGAUGAGCUGAGACGCACACUGGCAAGAUGGUUGGUUACGCCAAGAAUACGAGGGCUGGAUCGGAGCAGACUGGCAGACUGA